AUGGCUGCUAACAUUUAUGAAUAUCCAUUAUUCCACGCCUUUAUUCUUUUCUCUGCUUUUCCUUCAUUUGCUAUCUCUGUCUCUGUCUCUCUCUGUCUGUCUGUCUCUCUCUCUCUCUCUCUCUUUCAUCAGAGAAAUUUAAUUUUUCUUACAUGCUUCCACACCCCUUUUCCUUCUGCUGUUCUUUCUAUUCCUUAUUUUCUCCACCCACUUUUCUGUCCUGCUUCAUUCCCUCUUUUUCUCCUCUUUCUUUCCCUCACAUUUCAAACCCUCUUGUUUCUCUUUUUCUUCUUCCUCUACGUCUAUUUCUUAUCCUGCUUUUCCACCUCUUCUUUUUACGUCAGUUUUUUUCUUUCUCUUUUCCCCAUCCUUCACUCCCUCUUUUUCACCUUUUUCUUUCCCUCACAUUUCAAACCCUCUUGUUUCUCUUUUUCUUCCUCCUCUACGUCUAUUUCUCAUCAUGCUUUUCCACCUCUUCUUUUUAUGUCAAUUUUUUUUUCUCUUUUCCCCAUCCUUCAUUCCCUCUUUUUCCUCCCACUUCUCUAUUUCUUUUUCGUCUGUCUGUUCUCCCUCUUUUUCUUCGCUCCUCACUAUGUAUGGACAUAG